CUCAGGAAGGCAGCUGCAGCUCUUAAAAAGAGCUCUAGCCCGGCCCCCUUCCCUGCUGGGGCGAGCGCCACUGCAAAGAUGAAGUUGGCGGAGUGGUGCUGGCUGAGCUCGGCUGUCCUUGCUGCUUAUGGUUUUUUGGUUGUGGCAAACAAUGCAACAGAGGAAAUUAAAGAUGAAGCAGCCCAGGACGCCUGCCCGGUGAGACUAGAAAGCAGAGCGAAAUGCGAGGAGGGAGGCGACUGUCCCUACCAGGUGAACCUGCCCCCGCUGACUAUUCAGCUCCCUAAGCAGUUUGGCAGGAUCGAGGAGGUGUUCAAAGAAGUCCAGAACCUCAAGGAAAUUGUAAAGAGCCUGAAGAAGUCUUGCCAAGACUGCAAACUGCAGGCUGAUGACAGCCGAGACCCGGGCAGAAAUGGACUGCUGUUACCGGGCACAGGAGCUCUGGGAGAAGCUGGUGACAACAGAGUUAAAGAGUUAGAGAGCGAGGUUAACAAGCUGUCCUCUGACCUUAAGGAUGCCAAGGAGGAGAUCGACGUGCUUCAGGGUCGCCUGGAAAAGCUGAAUCUUGUAAAUAUGAACAACAUAGAACAUUAUGUUGAUAGCAAAGUGGCAAACCUAACAUUUGUUGUCAAUAGUUUGGAUGGCAAAUGUUCAUCUAAGUGUCCUACUCAAGAACAAAUACAAUCACGUCCAGUUCAACAUCUUAUAUAUAAAGAUUGCUCUGAAUACUACACAAUAGGCAAAAGAAGCAGUGAGCUCUACAGAGUUACACCGGAUCCCAAAAUUAGUAGCUUUGAAGUUUUCUGUGACAUGGAGACCAUGGGGGGAGGCUGGACAGUGCUGCAGGCACGUGUUGAUGGAAGCACCAACUUCACCAGAACAUGGCAAGACUACAAAGUAGGCUUUGGAAACCCCAGAAGAGAAUUUUGGCUGGGGAACGAUAAAAUCCAUCUUCUGACUAAGAGUAAGGACAUGAUUCUAAGAAUAGAUCUUGAAGACUUUAACGGUGUCAAGCUCUUUGCCUUGUAUGAUCACUUUUAUGUGGCCAACGAGUUUCUCAAAUACCGUUUACACAUUGGUAACUAUAAUGGCACAGCUGGAGAUGCCUUACGUUUCAGUAAACAUUACAACCACGAUCUGAAGUUUUUCACCACCCCAGAUAGAGACAACGAUCGAUACCCCUCUGGGAACUGUGGGCUCUACUACAGUUCAGGCUGGUGGUUUGAUGCAUGUCUUUCUGCAAACUUAAAUGGCAAAUAUUAUCACCAGAAAUACAGAGGUGUCCGAAAUGGGAUUUUCUGGGGGACCUGGCCUGGUAUAAGUGAGGCACAACCUGGUGGCUACAAGUCCUCCUUCAAAGAAGUCAAAAUGCUGAUCAGACCCAAGCACUUUAAGCCAUAAAUCACUAAUGCUCAUUCUUUUAGGUAUUCAUUACCUAAUAGGGCAAUUAAUUCCUUCAGCACUUUGGAAUAUGUUUCAUACUCUUUUUCCAUGGCUUAAAAUUUCUGAGCAAUGGGUUCUUAUGCUAUACAGCAUUUGAAAUAAAGCGAAAAAUAUGCCAUUUAAA